AUGCUUUGGUUUUACCUUCUUGCUGCCGCUUUGGCUGCUGAUCCAGGAGUCGCUCCGAUUGGAAACCCUCGUACCACCACCACAAAUACCCCUAACUUGGCUGGUAUGCAACUUGAGACCACUACAAAUACCCCUACCACCAACCCUGCUGUGGCAAACACUGCCACUACUGGUGCUACUACGCCUGCUGGCGCUACCACUCCCGCUGGUGCUACCACUCCCGCUGGGGCCACCACGCCCGCUGGUGCUGCUACUGGAACCACCGGAACUGGUACUGCUACUGGCACAACUACCGGAACUGGUACUAGAACUGGUACUACUGCUACCCCUGCUGCUACUACGCCCGCUGCUGCAACCACUGGCACUGGCACUGGUACUACCACUGGUACCGCUACCGGUACCGCUACCGGAACUGUGAACACUGCUACCAUGAACGCUUCCCAGUUUUCUGUCUACGAACUCACAAGAGGCAUGAACUCUGAUCAGCUUAUCGCCUGGUCUUCUACUCGUACUAACGCUGGUACUGGUACUGGUACUACUACUCCUGCUGCCGGUGCUGCCGCUGACACGGCUCCUGCUGCUGCUCCUGAACCUGCUGGUAGUAUUGCUGCUACCCAGGCCCCACCUCCAGCAGAUAUUACUUACGUUACGACCCUUAAGAGCAGAGCUUCUCCUACUGCUGCUCAGGCUGCUGCCGCCACCCCUGCAUCCUCUGGUGCUGGUGAGAACUCUGGCUCCCUGUCCUUCGCCGGUGCUGGCUCUAAGAAGAGCCUCGCCACUUCUGGUCUCUUUGCUGGCCUUGUAGCCGUUGCACUCGCUCUCUGA